CAAAUGCUUUGUUAUUGUCUCUGUACUUUCAUGCGUGCAUGUUUCAAUCCACAGGGACUUUACUGGUAAUGCUUCCUCUGUUAGGUUACCGAUCAGUUUACAGUAAACUCUUAUCAGACCACAAUAGAGGAACUCCUUAUCAGGCCAUUACAAGGAUUUAUUUCUCUUUGACUUGACUUAUGGGUAGCAACUCAAAAAGGAAUGCGGAAGUAUCCAAGAAUUACAGAAGGGGAAAUUUUAUUUAAGUACGUACACACGGAGUCAGUCAUUCAUUGUUGCUGUGGUGAAGGACAAAUCUGUUCAGUCUAGGAGAUUUAAUGGCUACUGAAUCGAACUCUGGUCAAGGCAUCAGGGAAUAUGCAGAUUUUGCAACAGAUACGUCUGGAGCCAGCUGCUCUGAGAACAGCCUGGAGUUCAUCUGUGAGUUACGCCCAGGUAAGGGCCUCCAGGCUGGGGAGAGGCAAGAGAAAGACCUGGUAGUGGUGAGGCUACCAGCACAAUGCAGUGUACAUCAGCUACGUCUUCGUAUCUGCAUGCAAACUCAAGAGCUGAACUGCCAUCCCGAUCCAUUAAGCCUGUUGGACCCUGAAAAGUUCAUACUGCUUUACCCCAAGGGAGAGGACUGGUAUGAGAUCUUUGACGACUGCCAGGUUCUCCGGACUCUGGAUGUACCAUGGUCACGUGACUCCCGGGGACGACAGGUAGCUCGCAUAGUGGUGUCGCCUCAGCCAGAUGACACAGAGGAGAGGCAGAGCCACCACCGUACCCUGGUCAACCUGAUUGGCCAUGACCUGGAUACAGUAGCAGCAAAUAGGCUCGGUGAGCUCAGCUUCACACGCAGGAAGCUGGCUUCUCCCCGCCAGGAAGAGCUAAGAAGGCGGGAUGCCAGGGCCUAUGCAACAGAGCCAUGGACCACCUCAGCCCCCGUCCCAAAAAUCCAGGAGGAACAGUUCAGCCGAAAGAUAUCAGUCACCAUGCAUCACAAUGACGUGUGCUUCAGUGUAAAGGUGGAUAUUAAUAUAACACCUGAAGGUCUCAUAAAAGUCUUCCGAAAAAUCAUGGUAGACCAUUCUCUGGAAUGUGAGUCUGGUGACAUGGUUCUCAAGGUCUGUGGCAGGGAGGAGUUCCUCUCUGGAGACUUCCCUUUCUCUGACUCCCUGUGGGUACGGCAGUGUCUGAAGUCCAUGCAGGCGCUCCAUCUGUCUGUGGUCCCCAUGGCGCAGCUUGAUGAGGACACUGUGAGGGCCGAAGACUGGCCCCUUGUGGACAGCUUCACUGGGCUUUCCAGCUCCCACGAGGAGCUGGCCCUGGAGGGAAAGGAUGUGGACGACAUCCUCAUGAUUUCACUCUGGGACUGUAACCGAAAGUUCAGAGUGAAGCUCCUGGGCUUCGACAUACCCCAACCCCCUGGCAAGCCUCCUCAGUUCAUCCACGUGGAGGCCUCUAUCCUCUACGGGAGCAAGGUGGUAACCUCUGUUUGUUCCACACCCAAGGCCUUUGCUGAUGAAGUUCUGUGGAACGAGUGGUUGGAGUUUGAUAUCCUCCUCAGGAAUCUUCCCCGUGGAGCUAAGCUGGGCCUGACCAUCAAUGCUUGCACCCAUGAUAGUGCCGCAACAAAGGAAUUAAAGUCCCCAUCCUCUGGUCUUAAAGCUCCAGACCACCAGAGAGGGAAGGGAAAGCUGCUGUACUUUGUGAAUCUCCUUCUGAUAGACCACAGGUCCGUCCUUAGCCAAGGGCCACACACCCUUCACAUGUGGGCCUAUCCCGAGAUGGAGGAAGAGGCUUUUACCUAUAAGGCGGAUAAGCUCUCCUCUGCCACCAACCCAGACGUGGCAGAAUCCAUGGCUAUCACCUUCCUCCUGGACCGCUACAGUUUCCCUGUGGUUCUCCCUCACAGCACAACCUCCCCUGGAUCCUGCUCCUCUCCUGGUCAGUCUUUCCCCUCAUCCUCACCCGACUCCAGCUUAUCUGAUAAAAGCCUGUCUCCCAUCGCGAGCGACCCGUUUGCCAGAUCCUCCUCGUCCCCAGUGACCACAGACAGGGCCCGUCUGAGGAGGUUCAGGGAGGAGAGUGUCCAGUAUGCCUCCAACCUCCCCCAGUUCCUGCGCAGCGUAGACUGGCUAAAACCCAGCUCUGUGCAGGAUGUCCACUGGCUGCUGAGUCACUGGGAACCCCCAGACCUGGAUGUCUCCGUGGCCCUGGAGCUGCUCAGUGUGGACUUUGCUGAUGAGAGGGUCAGGAAGCUGGCUGUCCAGAGACUGGAGAGCUUGUCUAAUGAUGAGAUGCUGAAGUAUCUGCUGCAGCUGGUGCAGACUCUCAAAGUGGAGCCUUACCAUGACAGCUUCCUGGCUAGAUUCCUCAUCCAAAGAGCUCUCAGAAGCAAGAGAAUUGGCCACUUCUUCUUCUGGUACCUGCGCAGUGAGGUAGCGGGCUGCCCGUUCUUCCGCCAGCGUAUGGCUGUGGUGCUAGAGGCCUACCUGCUGGGCUGUGGCCAGGCCAUGCUGAGCAGUUUCAUCAGUCAGGUGCAGGCUGUGGAGGCACUACAUGAGGUGGCCAGUGUGGUCAAGAGACUCUACCCUGACAAGACGGACCUCCCAUCCACAGCUGCCCAGAGGCUUCAGGAGCUCCUGAGGACAUGUAAUCUCCCAUCAGACUUCCAAGUGCCCUUUGACCCACGCAUCAGAGCAGGCAGACUCCUGCUGGACAGGUGCAAGGUUAUGGCCUCCAAGAAGAAGCCUCUGUGGCUUGAGUUUUCCUCCAUGGACUCUCCAUGCCCCUCUGGUCCCCCUGUAGGCAUCAUCUUCAAACAAGGGGAUGACCUCCGACAGGACAUGCUGGUGAUUCAGACACUGGUGGUGAUGGAUUCUAUAUGGCAGGAGAAAUCACUGGAUCUGAAUCUUGUGCCCUAUGGCUGCAUCUCUACAGGAUACAAUAUAGGCAUGAUAGAGAUUGUGAGAGAUGCCGUCACCAUCGCUGCCCUGCAGAGGAUCCAAGGAGGCACAACAGGAGCCUUCAAGAACGAUGCCCUGUUUGAGUGGCUCAAGGGCAAGUGUCCACUCCAAGAGAUUCACUAUCAGGCUAUGGAGAGGUUUGUUAACUCUUGUGCUGGAUACUGCGUAGCCACGUAUGUGAUGGGGAUAGGGGACCGCCACAAUGACAACAUCAUGAUUACAGACCAAGGGAAUCUGUUUCACAUUGACUUUGGCCACAUCCUGGGGAACACCAAACGGUUCCUGGGGGUUAGCAGGGAGAGGGUCCCCUUUGUCCUCACUCCUGACUUCCUCUACGUCAUGGGCAGGAUCAAAGGUCAACCCAGUCUCUACUUCCAGAAGUUCAGGGACAUAUGUACCCAGGCCUACCUGUCCCUGCGCUCCCACUCUCGCCUGCUGGUGACCCUCUUCUCCCUCAUGCUCUUGACGGGGAUCCCUGAGCUCAGCGCUGCAGAGGACAUGCGCUACCUCCGGGACGCACUGCAGGACGACAAGGGGGAGGACAACGCACGGGACCACUUCCACCAGCAGAUAGCAAAGUGCGAGGAACUGGGCUGGACGGUGCAGGCCAACUGGUGGAUCCACAUGUUGGCUGGCAUUAAGUAGAACCAACUUCCAGAACCCCAUUUAUGCCUGAGAUUCAUAUGAUUUUAUCAUUUGUUUUUAAACCCAACAGAAUCAGGUGUUACACAACAGACUGGCAUUGACAGGAUAUAGUACUCAAGUGUCAGGCCAAAUUCAAAUCCUGCAUGAGGGAGGGUUGCUGUUGUCCACCUGUGCGAUAUGCUCCAGCUGACUAGAAUAAAUUGUGUUGAUUAGAAUAAAUUGGUAUGAUAGCAUGCGGACAAUGUAUUACUUCCUUAAUGAUGUCUACUAAACCCAAAUCAUAUGAACUGUAUGUCCUUCAUCCUUUAAUAAUGCUUGGGUUAAUUAUCUCAAUUAUAAUUGGCUAAGGGUAUAUAGACGGGUAAUAUAGACUGUAAUUAAUGUUGCACAAAGCCACAUUCUUAUUCAUCACUGAAUGCAUCAAGAAAACAACAAAGGAUGAAUACAGGAAUAAGACGUUCGGUCCAUAUACAUGAAUGUAGACUUACGCAAGCCAUAUUACGCAACAGACAUUAAAGAUGCGCUAUGCAGACAUCGCUCUGCCAUUUCCUGGUUGCUAAAAUUCGAAUAGUUCACCUAAUCUCAGUUUAUGUGACAAAACAAGCGAGUAUAGUGUAGAGAAUCAUUGUACCAUCUAACCCACUGUGAAAUACCCUUUCCCAACCAAAAAUAUUGUAUUUUUGUUCAAAACCGAUAGUAAAAGCCACAAAACCGAAACUUAAGAACGGGAAACAUAAAAUAGCACACAUAGAACUGAUCUACAGCUUCUUAGACUUGCUUGUAUUUAUAUUGAGAAUGACAGAUCUAUAACACACAUUUCUAUGUGAUUUUGGUUGGGUUGCCAAAAAAGUUAUGUUUUGAGUCUUAAAGUAAGAAUUGUCUUAGCAACAUGCGCAGUGAGCUCUAGAAGUAUUGGGAUAGUGACACCUUUUUGUUGUUUUGGCAAUGUACUCCAGCACAUUGGAUUUGAAAUGAUACAAUGACUAUGAGGUUAAAGUGCAGACUGUCAGCUUUAAUAUAUCAGGGGAACUGUUUAGAAAUUACAGACAUUUUUGUACAUGGUCCCCCCAUUUUAGGGGACCAAAUUAUUGGAAAAGAAUUCACUUAUGUGUAUUAAAGUAGUCUAAAGUUUAGUAUUGGGUCCUGUAUUCCCAGCAUGCAAUGAUUACAUCAAGCUUGUGACUCUAAAA